CCAGCCAUAUACGAAGCUGGCGUUGUUUCCACCGGGCCCGAAACUUUUACAUAUGAACAUGAUUAUAUCCCUCGUUACAUGUGAUGGACUGGGUGUAGAUUUCUGUCGGAAGGAGGCAUGCAGCUCCAUUCCAGAUCCCCGAUUUAUCUGGGACCAAAUCCAUUCAAGGACGCAAAAACACGAAGGACACUUUUGUUGCGGGACCCUGCUUGAACGUCAGCUUGAUUUUGAAUCGUUGUGUAUAGGCUGAGACUUGAUCUGAACAAACACAGUCUCAAUGAAUGCGACUGCUGCGCAGGACAGAGUCCGGAAUUCGGGCCGGAAUAUGAACGGUGUUGACGGAGUUCACGCCAGUCAGAAUGGAAGGCCAUUUUACGAUAGGGCCCCGUCCGAUAAGCCUCGAGGAUAUUCUGCCAACGGAGCCGAGGAGAGACCCCAAUCCCAACGCCGAUUCCCCCGGAUCUCGCUACCAGUAGAGCUCAUGCAAGACUCUUAUGAUGUGGUAGCCAUUGGCUCAGGAUAUGGAGGGGGAGUCGCCGCUAGCCGGAUGGCGAGAGGCGGACAAAGCGUCUGCGUUCUGGAGCGAGGGAGGGAGAGAUGGCCUGGUGAGUUCCCUGAGAAGCUGGAGGACGCGGUCAAGGAGCUCCAUGUCAGCGGCCAGUUUGCCCCCGGAGACAGACGAAGCAUUCCCGGGGCCAUGAUUGAUACGGGGAAUCCGAAUGGUCUGUAUCACUUCGUGGUAGGAGAAGGCCAGAACGUGUACAUGGGCAACGGUCUGGGUGGCACCAGUCUCUUGAAUGCCAACGUGUUCUUGGAGGCCCAUAAAAAGGUCUUGGAGAUGGGAGUCUGGCCAGACGAACUCAAAGGUUAUGAUUCGUGGAAGAAGUACUAUGACCGCGCAAAGAGUGUCCUGGAGCCUGCUCAGUACCCGUUGACCUUCCCCAAUCUUCUUAAAGCGGACCUGCUCAAGAAACAGUCGGAACUCAUGAGUUGGGGCGAUAACUUCUACCGCGUUCCGCAAACCACUCGAUUCGAGGACGGUCCUAACGGCACGGGGGUCUACAUGCAGGCGUCGCAACUGACGGGCAUGGACGCAACUGGCAUCAACGACGGGAGCAAGUCAACAACUCUCGUAAACUACCUCAGUGAUGCGUGGAACUGGGGCGCCGAAAUAUUCUGCGAGUGUGAGGUCAGAUAUGUUACCAAAGCUCCGGAUCGGGAAGGAUAUAUCGUCUAUUUCGCGUGGCGCUCCUGCGGCCGAGAUCGAUUCAAUACCUUCUUCGAAGACCUCAUGUGGGUUCACGCAAAGAAGUUCGUCUUCUUUGGAGCUGGGAGCAUCGGAACCACCGAGAUCUUGCUUCGAAGCAGACAGAUGGGCUUGGACUUGAGCGAUGACCUCGGCACUGAGAUGAGUGGGAAUGGAGAUAUGCUGGGCUUCGGCUAUAACACCGACCAUCAAGCCAACUGUAUCGCUCGUCCAGAACCUACUCCGGAUCGACCAGUAGGACCAUGCAUAACCUCAGUCCUUGACCUACGGGAUCAGAAAAACCCUCUGGAUGGAUUCGUGGUCGAAGACUGCGCGGUGCCUUACGCUCUUGCCCCGCUGAUGUUUGGCAUGAUGGAAUAUCUGCCGGAUAUGAGACGCCCCAAGUACAAUCCUGUCGAGACGAUAACGAAGCUUGUUGCACGAAUGAAAGGCAAGCUUCUCGGACCAUAUUUCUCAGAGGGCAGCGUCCAGAAGACCGCCGUAUACUUGAUCAUGUCUCAUGAUAGUAGUCAAGGCAGGCUGAUACUCCAGGAUGACAAGCCAAUGCUCACUUAUUCGGGGGUGGGCCGCUCUAAGUCGGUAUCUCGCAUCCACGAUAUCCUUGAGAAGAUGACUGCUGCUGUCGGGGGAAACUUUAUAGCCAAUCCAGUUUGGAGUACACUGGGUAGGCAGGAGAUCACGGUUCAUCCCAUAGGCGGUGCUCGUAUCAGCAAAGACAACUCCGGCAACCAUGGAGUGGUGAAUCACAUGGGUGAGAUUCUGAAAGGAAACGGAAGCGAGGCUUAUGAGGGACUGGUAGUGUGCGACAGCGCUGCCUUGCCAGCUGCCGUUGGUGUUAACCCGUUUGCUACCAUUACUGCCUUUGCUGAACGGUCGGUGGAGAUGAUGGCGCAUAAGCGAAGCAUCUCCAUUGACUAUGACACAAGGAAUGGCCAGUUGGAUAUGUUCAACGCCCCGGCAUUUCCUUCUCCUCGAGAUGCAGACACCACGAAACUUGCAGCCAGGCUUGCUAGCGAACAUCAGACUGCCGGUGUCGCGUUCUCCGAGAUCAUGACUGGUUUUAUAUAUACUGGUCACGACGUUAGAGACUUUGACGUCGCAACGAGGCUCGCUCGAGGUCGCUGUGAAAAUGCACGGUUCUUCCUGAGUGUCAAAUCCUGGAGCACCGAGGAAUUGGUGAACAGCAGUCAACACCUGGCGAACUUGACCGGAACAUUCACUUGCAACGCUCUUGGAGGAUAUCUUAUGGUCCACCGCGGCACCUUCCAACUAUUCAACCACGACUCCCGGCAACCAGAUACAGCGAAUCUGACAUACAACUUUGACAUGACUUCGCCGAGUGGAAGAAGACUGCACUUCAAUGGUUACAAAACCGUGAACACCGCGUCCUUCCUCAACCCACUCGAGCUCUGGAGACAGACCAGCACUCUAUAUGUCACUAUCACCGACCAAGACAGUGCGGUUGUAGGCCGUGGUACGCUACGCAUCCAGCCCAAUGACUUCAGCUAUGAGCUCCAGAGCUUUGCGACCGGCGGGCCAUCGCUAUGGACGAGAGCCAGAUCUGCAGCAAGCUUCCUUUCUUACUUUACCAGACAACUCUCCGUGCCUUUCCUUUCAACACUGGGCCAACUCCAAUGGCCAGGCACAACUCCAGACUACACCUCUAAGGAAGUAGGCACCUCCUCGACCAUCCCCUUGACAGCAUCCGAUGGGAUCACCACCAGGAUGGUCAUGUGGAACCCCUGUUAUUUCGGAAGAGAAAUUCUUGGUCCUGCACCAACCAUCCUAUUUAUCCCAGGUGCUGCAGUUGACCACAAAAUGUUUGCCCUGCCCACUAUUGAACGAAACGCAGUCGAAUAUUUCCGCGACUCGGGAUACCGUACCUCCUGCAUCACCCACCGAGUUGGUCGAACUUCUAUUGCUCGAGAUGGCUACACACCAUACGAUGCACGGCGCGAUAUCCACGCUGCCUUGGCUCACAUUCGCAAGGUUGCCAGUACAAUGAGUCCAAGCGAACCGCCCAAGAUAUAUGUGGUCGCCCACUGCGCAGGCUCCCUAGCGCUCGCCUGCGGUUUGCUAGACGGCACAAUUCCCAGUGAAUGGAUCCAAGGUAUUACAGCCUCGAUGGUCUUCAUGAACCCUAAAUUUGGAAAGGUCAAUAGUCUUUUGUCUGGCUUCCCGACUUCGCUGUAUGCCCGACUAGUCAGUCCCUACUGGGACUGCACCAGUAGUCGCAACGACACGUACAUUCAGUCAUUCCUGAACCAGGCGUUGCGUCUUUACCCUGGAGGGGAUGCCCGAGAGUCCUGUCGAUCGGUUGUCUGUCAUCGAAGCGAGCUUGUAUUUGGCCGUCUCUGGACCCACAAGAAUCUCAAUGAUGCUACCCAUGCUCAGCUCGAACGCUUCCUCGGCGGCACCUCUAUGCGUUCUCUCCAGUGGCUCAUGGAAACGGGCCGUUUGGAGACCGUCACAGCCAACGGGCCAGCAUACACCAACCUCGUCACACCGGAAAACCUCGAUCGCUUGAAAGGCAUCCCGAUUCUGUUCUUAUCAGGAACUGGGAACAUGGUGUUUACAGCCGAGAAUACGGACGUCUCGUACACGACUCUCUGUAAUGUACAUGGGAGGGAGUGGUACGAGCGGGAGGUCUUCACGGGCAAGGGGCAUCUAGACGCCUGGAUGGGAUCGACGGCUUAUCAAGACGUGUAUCCAAGGGUCAGGCGCCAUGCCGAUCGGAUCAUGAAGGGGGGACAAGGUCCAGCUGGUAAAUUGGACAAGCACGAUGCGGUGUAGGGACUUGCUGUGGAAUCAGAAUGUCUAUUGGU